AUGCAUUACCCUGAGCUGGUCCAUCGCCUGCCGAUUUUGGCAUCCCCGACGCGGGCGCAGAGGGUGGAGGGAAAGACCUGGAUGGGAUAUGUUAUCCCGGGAACGAGCGACCUCGAAUCUAUUGCCAACGGUGAAAGUCACGGCCAAAGCGAGGCCGCAUCCAGGACAUGCGUAGUGCUCUUCGCCCACGGUGGCGGUUAUGCCCGUGGAGAAGCAAGGAUGUAUCUGCGCUACAUGGAGCGUUGGAUCAGGUUCGCCCGGGAGAAAAAGGGGAUGGACUUGGUCUUCGUCACCAUCGAAUACCCGCUGACGACCGAGGCUGCACAUCCGGCCCAACUCGAAUCAAUGCUCGGAGCGUAUCGAUAUCUGCUGGACUUGGGGAUAUCCCCGUCUAGGAUUGUGUUCAUGGGUGACUCCGCCGGAGGUGGCCUGAUGGUGUUGACUGGUCUGAAACUUCUCGAACUCGGCCUACCUCAGCCCGCGGGCUCGGUGCUCGUGUCGCCGUGGCUGGACCUCGCCCUCGACGCAUUCAGGGGCGGGAACGCCUCGGUCGAAACCGACUACGUCGUCACAGGGAACACGAUCCUCCCCUUAUUCACCGACAUGUUUCUCCGAGGCACGGGCCUGAAGGGAUCUGACGCCGAGAUCAAUCCGCUGCGCAGGAAACCCAGCGAGCUCAAGGGUCUCCACCGACAAUUGAUAUUCGUGGGUUCUGCCGAAGUGGUGACCCAGGAGGGGAAACGGUGGGCGGACGUCUGUGAGGCUGCGGAUAUCGAGCACAAACUCGUGAUCGAGCCGGGCCAGUUACAUGUCUAUGCCAUGGGAUCAUCUUGGAUCGAUCCGGGUGUACGAAACAAGACGGACGACAUCAUCGUUGAUUGGAUAUGGGAUUGCUGUUUUCGGGGCGUAUCAAACUCUGCAAGAACCGUUGGCACUGUCGGCUUGAAUGCAUAA